AGAGAGAGAGAGAGAGUUUUAGAGAGAGAGAGAGAGAGAGAACAGAGUUAGGGUUGAUUAACAAUGGAAAGAGAGACGAUUACAGCAACGAAGAUGAUUUUCUCACUAGCUCUGGGAAUUUUUUCACUGUUUCUUCUCCGAUUUCUGAAUGCUUUGCUCGUGAAGCCGAGAAAACUCAGAUCAAUACUCGAGAAACAAGGAAUCAGAGGCCCUCCGCCCUCGAUUUUGUACGGAAACAUACACGAAAUGAAGACGAUUGCUCAAAUUCAGAAGCCUCUGUUAAAAAAAUCACCAGCCCGGCCCGAAGAUUCGAUAGUUCAUUCAUGGUUCCCCUCCGUCUUCCCACACCUCGAUCAAUGGAGAAAUCAAUUCGGGCCGAUUUUUUCGUAUUCGACCGGAAACAUACAGAUACUUUGCAUUACAGAUCCAGAAAUGGUGAAGGAAUUGAGCCUCCACACAUCCUUAAAUCUCGGUAAGCCUUCGUAUCUAUCAACAGAGCGUGGUCCUUUGCUCGGUCGAGGCAUCUUAUCAUCCAACGGCCCUUAUUGGGCUCAUCAGAAGAAGAUUAUUGCACCUGAAUUUUACCUAGAUCGAGUCAAGGGUAUGGUGGAGUUGAUGGUAGAAUCCACAUCAACUAUGUUAAAAGAUUGGGAGAAGAAAACCGAGAGGUGUAACGAGAAGGUGGAAAUUAGAGUAGAUGAGGAUUUGAGAAGUUUGUCAGCAGAUAUAAUUUCGAGAACUUGCUUUGGAAGAAGGUAUGCACAAGGGGAAGAAAUAUUCAGCAAACUUCAAUCGCUUCUAAGGGUAAUGUCAAGGGGAAGCAUCGGAAUUCCCGGUUUAAGGCACCUUCCUAACAAGCACAACAAAGAGAUAUGGAAAUUAGAACGCGAGAUAGACUCGAAGAUACUAGAAGUAGUCAAAAGUCGAGGCGAAGGUGAUGGUGAGGAUAACAAUAACAAGAAAGACCUUCUGCAAUUGCUAUUAAGUGCAGCCGAGAGUUACGGAGAUGACAGCAAUAGCAUACCUGGAGAUAUCACUCCGAACAAAUUCAUAGUGGAUAACUGCAAGAACAUAUAUUUUGCUGGUCACGAGACCACAGCCAUUUCGGCAACUUGGUGCUUGAUGGUACUUGCAGCUUAUCCUUAUUGGCAGGAUCGAGCUCGUGAAGAUGUGCUUGAAGUAUGUGGCACAAAUGUCCCGACUUCUGAUAUGCUACGGAAUAUGAAAGUGCUGUUGAUGGUGAUUCAAGAAACCCUACGUCUCUACCCACCGGUAGCUUACGUGGUGAGAGAAGCCUUGCAAGAUAUCGAUUUCAAAGGGCUGAAAAUCCCGAAGGGCAUCAACAUUCAAGUACCCAUACCCGCAAUGCACCAGAGCAUAGACCUGUGGGGCCCGCAAGCGGGUCAGUUCGAUCCGGAAAGAUUCUCCAACGGGGUUUCGGGGGCUUGCAAGAUUCCACAGGCUUAUAUGCCGUUUGGUGUGGGGAAUCGGAUCUGCUUAGGUCAGCACUUUGCCAUGGCUGAACUGAAAGUCAUUCUGUCACUUGUGCUGUCCAAAUUUAGGUUGUCUCUUUCGCCGGAGUACCGCCACUCGCCGGCGUUUAGAUUGGUUGUACAGCCGGAAUAUGGAGUCAGUGUUCUUCUUGAGAAACUAUGAUGUUCUUUUGUUCUACUGUUUAUCAUGCAUCUGUAUCUCUACAUCUGUACGUGUACUUUUCUUCAAUGUGUGCAUUUCUUUUUUCACAUUAAGGAUUGACACUUGAAAGUCGGAUGGA